AUGGAGAACCAAGUAGAAGUUCAAGAGGGAAUAGAAGCCGAUAUCCAACAGCUGAAAGGACAAAUCAGUCGAAUCUUAGAAGCCUUGAAUGCCUUACAAAUCCCCGGAGAUCCAUCCGCACAAAGACUACAACAAGAAGUUCCGGGAGCACAAACUUUCCCUUCCCAUCGUCUUCCCCCGAAUUAUACUCCACCCUUAGGAGUAGACUUGGGCCAUCUUGACACUCAAAGGGCCGAAGAUAAUGCAGUUGAAGUAGAAGACGAGCCUGGGGCAACCACUUUCACAAUUCCUGGGCAGAUUAUCCGACCAGAUAUUGAAAGCAUGAUGAUGAAAAAACAACCUAAGACGAAGUCUCCAUCUUGUGUCAUUACACCAGGAGAUUUUAAAGAUGAUAAGAGCAGAUUAGAAGUCCUUGAGAAGAGGUUGAGAGCCAUAGAGGGUGAAGGAAGUUUUGAAUUUGAAGAUGCUAAAAAACUGUGUUUAGUUCAUGAUGUGGUGAUACCUCCAAGGUUCAGGAUGCCAGAAUUUGAGAAAUAUCGGGGAAAUACUUGCCCGAGGGGCCAUAUAACUAUGUACUGCAGGAAAAUGGCAGCUUAUGUCCACGAUGAAAAACUUUUGAUUCAUUUCUUCCAAGAAAGUUUAACUGGCAUGGCUCUAACUUGGUACAUGCGUUUGGAAUCGACUCACAUCUACUCAUGGAAAGAUCUGAAAGAGUCUGAAUCAUUCAGAGAAUAUGCCCAAAGGUGGAGAGAAAUUGCUGCUCAAGUAGAACCGCCUCUGAGCGACAAGGAGAUGACUAUCAUAUUUUUGAAUACUCUGCAAACCCCAUUUUAUGAACACAUGAUAGGCAGCGUUUCCUUAAGUUUUACUGACAUAGUAGUAAUUGGAGAGAGGGUUGAGAGUGGCAUAAGAAGUGGAAAAAUUGCACUAGGCCCAGAGCUAGUAGCCAGUCUAAACGGGUAUGGUCUUAGACAUGAGAAAGGUAAGAAGCGAAGAGCUAAUUCCCAUUUUACUGCCUAUCCUCAAAUGUCACAUUCCUAUGGGUCUAGUCGAGCCAUUGAACGAAGAAAUUACAAUCGUGAUGAGAGGGUCGCCAAUUUCACUCCUAUCCCCAUGACCUAUACGGAGUUACUACCAGAUCUUCUCCGUAGAAACCUCAUGAAGAUUUGUCCAACUAGGCCUAUACGACCUCCGUACCCAAAGAGCUAUGACGUAAAUGUCAGGUGUGAUUAUCAUGCAGGAGCGUGUGGACAUUCAACUGAGGCAUGCAAGGCUCUAAAACGUAAAGUGCAAUCUUUGAUCGAUUCAGGAUGUUUAAAGUUUGAAGAAAUGUAA